AUGGGCAAUUUAAUAGAAGGGAUGAAAGAAAAUAACACUUUAGAAGUGAUAAUGGAAGACCUAGAAAACAUGGAAUUCCCGACAAUACCUUCAACUAUUUCUAACUUGCAAAAAAGGCUCAGUGAAGCUGUCGAAACCAAUCGAAGCUUGAUAGCAUCAGCAGAGCCUCCAAGCGAAACUGAGCUGACAGAAGAAAGGUACAAUUUAUCAAAUAAUUUAUAA